AUGCCCCCCACAUUGACCAUCUCGGACAUUCAUUCCUUGAAGAGGAACGAGGCACUCGAGAUUCUUGGCCGAAUUUCACGCGUCGAGAAAAAGACAUUCCCUACCAAUGAGGCCUUCGGCUUCGGCGAAGAAUUGUGGAGAAAAAAGCCCAACACGCGGGUUCUAUACGCGACUCAUGCAAUUGAAGGGAGACAGUCGGACCUGAUCGCCUACGCGGUCUACGUGCGCCAGAAGGGAGCGGCUCUUUUGCACAAGGUCUGUGUGAUCGAAGCCUAUCGCCGACAGGGCGUUGGUCAACAACUCAUGUCCUACAUUCAGGAACGCCUUCGAAAGGAGGGUUGCCAAUACAUUCAGCUGUGGGUAGAUGGAGCCAGGGAGCCCGCUCGAGCAUUAUAUGUCCGGAGUGGAUUUGAGGAGCGUGAGGUGAUCCCUGACUACUAUGCCCCUGGGCGGACGGGCAUUAGAAUGGUACUGGACUUGGAACGUGAUGGGUGA